GAGAUCCUUCGAGUUCACUAUGUCUCCAACUGGCGGAGACAAAUCGUAUACCAGCUAAAAGGAAACUUACCAACUUCCCCCUUCUCUUUCAAUUCAAUUUCAAGCUUAGUUUUUGUGUUUUUUUUUUCACUAUGGCUGUUGGACCUAUUACUGGACUUUUCAAAAGACAAGUAAUCAUUGAUUUCUCUACGAUUCUUGGUUUAGGUACCGUUGGUGGCUUGGCCUGGUGGUAUGGUUACCACAAGCCUGCAUUUAAGCAGCGUGAGGAAUUCUAUAAGAAGCUUGCUGCUGAAAAGGCUUCCGAAUAAGUCCGACCCCUGAACGUAUUUGCAAGUGCGUAAUUCAGCAUUAAAGUUAUCCAUACUGGUCUUUUUUUCCUUUUUUUCAGUUAUGAAUUUGCUUUCCUUUUUUACUACUAAUUGGCUUCAUUUAAAUUAUCUCGUUAACCUUUUGUCGACGAAAAGCUUGUUCAAUGAGAAAGGUGUUUAAUUUUUUAUUGAUUUUGAUUCUUGACUAGCAAGGAUGGAGCAAGUAGACUGAAAUGUAUUUAAAGCACCCGUAGCCAAAUAAUGUAUCCUGUACAUAAUAAUGAU